ACGAGUGCCUUCUGUCCGUAAAAUACUUGUCUAGCUUAAGGUCCCCGAUUUGUACACUACACUGGGCUGGAUGCCUUCAACUGCAUCGUAUCUUCGAGCGUGUGUUGGCGCGAAUGGGUCAGCAAGGUUAUCAUCUCGCAACGUGGGGCCUUCCUACCGCUGAUCGUUGACGAACAACGACACAGUACAACCAGCUCAGUGGUUCGAUUCCGCCAUGAGUCUGCCGCCUCCAGGAGAGAACCAGACAUACUGCACAGUUUCUGUGCUCGAGGCGGGCUUUGUCGAUGUGCCGAUGGCACAAAUUGUCGAUACCGCACCUGCGGACGAGAUGUCCCGCUUUCCUUGCCUCGCCUUCCUCCUGAAGCACUCCUCGCGGCCCGACACAUUCGUUUUUGACCUGGGCACCCGCAAGGACUGGGAGACGGCCUUGGCGCCAUCGCUCGUCGCAAUGGUCAAGAAGUGGUACGCCGUGGAGGUCCCCCAGGACGUAGUCGACUCCCUGAAGAAGGGCGGCCUCGAGCCGGCGGACGUGACGCACGCCUGCGUCUCCCACGUCCACUUCGACCACCAAGGCGACCCGCGCGUCUUCACGAGCGCGACCAUAAUCGCCGGGGCGGGCAGUCGCGCCCUCCUGACGCCGGGCUACCCCGCCGACCCCAACGCGCACUUCCACAGCGACCUCUUCCCCGAACGCCGUACGCGGUACGUUUCCCCGGACGAUCCAGAGAUGGUGUCGAUCGGCCCGUUCGCGAAGGCGCUCGAUUACUACGGCGACGGCAGCCUCUACAUCGUCGACGCGCCCGGACACAUCCCCGGCCACCUCUCCCUCCUGGCGCGUACGUCGCCGGACGGCGCGUGGGUCUUUCUCGCCGCAGACGCUGCCCACGACUGGCGGCUCCUCACCGGCGAGGCGGGCGUUGCAGAUAGCGCGCAUUUUGGCUGCGCGCAUAGGGACAAGGCGACGGCUACGAAGACGAUCGCACAAAUCAGAGCCCUUGCGGAGCUGCCGAGGGUGAGGGUAAUGCUGUCGCACGACGUACCGUGGUAUGACAAGAACAAAGGCGGAGGUGCAUUCUGGCCUGGUAGCUUGGAGUCGUUCUGAACGCCUGGAUGAGAAGGACUACUUUGCGGCCUAUGAUAUCAGGGACUGCGAUGUAUGAUAAAGGCGAUAUAACAUGCCUCGCUAGUGGUUUCUAGCGUGGAGAAACCGCUUGUGAUUGUAGGUAGUACUACAUGGGCGGAGAUUGUUGUCCAUGUUGUCAAGAAUCAGAUUCCGAGUGUCCGCAACUCGAAGCACUACCUAUUAGAUGAGC